AGCUCAUCUCCUGUCCUGGAUGUCAGCGAGUGUAUCUUACCAGAGAUGUAACUGAACAUAUUUUUCUUCAGUGCUUUCCUCCUGGGCAACCCACAAUGGCCAGGAACUGUUCUGAGUGCAAGGAGAAGAGGGCAGCACAUAUCCUCUGCACCUACUGCAAUCGCUGGCUGUGCAGCUCUUGCACAGAAGAACACCGCCAUGUCCCAACCACAGGGGGCCCACUCUUUGCACGGGCACAGAAGGGAUCUCCAGGGGUGAAUGCUGGCUCUGGGGACUUCGCCUUGUACUGCCCUCUGCACACACAGGAAGUGCUCAAGCUCUUCUGCGAGACAUGUGAUGUGCUCACGUGCCACAGCUGCCUAAUGGUGGACCACAAAGAGCACAGGUGCAGACAUGUUGAAGAAGUUCUACAAAACCAGAGGAUGCUUCUGGAAAGUGUGACUACGCAGGUGGCACAUAAGAAAUCCAGCCUUCAGACAUCUGCAAAGCAAAUUGAAGACAGGAUUUUUGAAGUGAAACAUCAGCACAGGAAGGUGGAAAACCAGAUCAAAAUGGCCAAGAUGGUCCUCAUGAAUGAGCUGAACAAACAGGCCAAUGGACUCAUAGAGGAACUUGAGGGCAUUACUAAUGAGAGAAAGAGGAAGCUGGAGCAGCAGUUACAGAGCAUCAUGGUUCUCAAUCGUCAGUUUGAGCAUGUGCAGAAUUUCAUCAACUGGGCUGUCUGCAGCAAAACCAGCGUUCCUUUCCUUUUCAGCAAAGAGCUGAUUGUAUUCCAGAUGCAGCGGCUGCUGGAAUCGAGUUGUAACACAGAUCCUGGCUCUCCUUGGAGUAUCAGAUUCACCUGGGAGCCCAACUUCUGGACCAAGCAGCUGGCUUCCCUUGGAUGCAUCACCACCGAGGGUGGACAGCUGUCCCGGGCAGAUGCUGCAGCUGCUUAUGGGACCUUACAGGGGCCAUCAUCCUUUUAUCAGAGCCACCAGGCCCCCAUGGCUCAGCAGGAGUCUCUCAGCCAUCCCUCACACAAGUUCCAGCCUCCAGCACUGUGCUCCUCGUCUGUCUGCUGCUCCCACUGCUCCCCAGUCUCACCUUCCCUCAAAGGCCAGGUGGCCCCACCCAGUAUCCAGCCAGCUCACAGUUUCCGGCAGCCCUCUGAAAUGGUGUCCCACCAGCUGGGGUCACUGCAGUGUUCCACCCUGCUGCCCAGGGAGAAAGAGCUAGCCUGCAGUCCUCAUCCACCAAAGCUGCUGCAGCCUUGGCUAGAACCACCGCCUCCCACAGAACAGGAGAAUGCAUCCCAACGGCCAGGACAGCAGCUGGUUUCCCAGCCUGUGUGCAUCGUCCCUCCACAAGACGUUCAGUCGGGAGCUCAUGCCCAGCCCACAAUACAGACACCCUCCAUCCAAGUUCAGCUGGGCCACCAGAAGCUGAAGCUCAGCCACUUUCAGCAGCAGCCACAGCAGCAGCCACCACCCCCACCUCUACUUCCUCCACCCACCCAGCAUGCACCUCCACCCUUGCCUCCAACCCAGCACCUGGCUUCCAGUCAGCACGAGAGCCCUCCUGGACCUGCUUGUUCCCAGAACAUGGACAUUAUGCACCACAAGUUUGAGCUGGAGGAGAUGCAGAAGGACUUGGAACUUCUCCUUCAAGCUCAGCAACCCAGCCUGCAACUGAGUCAGACCAAGUCUCCUCAGCAUCUUCAGCAAACCAUUGUGGGGCAGAUCAACUACAUCGUGAGGCAGCCAGCACCUGUCCAGUCCCAGAGCCAGGAGGAUACGCUUCAGGUUACAGAGGAGCCACCAGCAUCUGAGGGCCCAAAGCCUGUUCUACCCCUUGACAAGAAUACUGCUGCUGCCUUGCCCCAGACACCUGCGGAGGAAACUUCUCACAGUGUCCCUCCAGUGGACAGCACUUCCCAGCACUCCUCUCCAAAUGUGGUGAGAAAGCACUCCACCUCAGUGAGCAUCAUGGGCUUUUCCAACACUCUGGAGAUGGAGCUGUCAUCCACCAGGCUGGCGAGGACCAUAGAGCCACAGAUCCACAGGGUGAGCGGCCUGACAGCUGGUCCCACCCACACAAUUCCGAGCCUGCUGAGUGGCCCACCACAAACUGUGUCUAGCCUGAUGCAUGUUUCAAACCAUGCUGUGCCCAGCCCAGUCAAUCACCUGCAACCCGUGCCAAAUCUUGUAUGUGGCACACUCCAGUCCAUGCCCAACCUGAGGGGUGAUUGCUCCCAGGCCAUUACAAGCCUGGCAAGCAACCACUCACAAGCUGGGCCCAGCCUAAUGUCUGGGCACACCCAGGCUGUGCCGAGUCUGGCCACUUGUCCUCUGCAGAGCAUGCCUCCAGUUUCUGACAUACAUUUGGAGACUAGAUCCACUUCCAGUCCUAGCUCUGGACAAACUGCAGAGAGUGUGGGCUCCAAGGAUGGGGCCGAGUCCUCCCUGGGGAAUGCCCUAUGUAAGAUGGAAAGUGAGGAUUGCUCUAGCUUCACAGACUCAAUAGGACAAGUCUCCACAGCCUCCAGUCUGGAUGUUCCCAAGGAUUUGGUUAUUCCCUCAGAACUGGAGGAACCAAUUAACCUCUCUGUGAAAAAACCUUUUCUCGUGCCAGUGAUCAACACAUCUACUGCUCUACAACAGUACCAGGACCCAAAAGAAUAUGAGAAUUUUGAACAAGGAGCCCUGGAGCUGGAUACAAAAGAGAAUUCAAGCGUCAGAGCCAUCAGUAGUGAUCCCAGGAUUCCCUACGUGCGACUGGAGCGGCUCAAGAUCUGUGCUGCCUCAUCAGGAGAGAUGCCUGUGUUUAAGCUGAAGCCCCAGAAGAACAGCCAGGAUGGGAGCGUCCUGCUGGUGAUAGAGUGUGGCACCGAGUCCUCUAGCAUGUCCAUUAAGGUCAGCCAGAACAGCCUGUCUGAUGCCACCCAAGGCCCAGGGCUAGGGGGAAGAAAGGUCACUGUCACAUCUCUGGCUGGGCAGCGGCCACUAGAUGUGGACAGUGCAUCUUCUGAAGAACACAGACUCAUCCCCCGAAGUCUUGGAAACAAAAAGUACACCCCAGCCCCCAUAGAGAAUGAGGACUUCUGUGCUGUCUGCCUCAAUGGUGGAGAGCUGCUGUGCUGUGACCGCUGCCCCAAAGUGUAUCACCUUUCCUGCCAUGUGCCAGCCUUGCUCAGCUUCCCAGGGGGAGAGUGGGUGUGCACCCUGUGCCGCAGCCUGAUGCAGCCUGAGAUGGAGUACGAUUGUGAGAAUGCUCGCUAUAGUCAGCCGGGAGUUCGGGCACCUCCUGGCCUGAGCAUGUAUGACCAGAAGAAGUGUGAGAAGCUGAUCCUGUCCCUGUGCUGCAACAACCUCAGCCUGCCCUUUCACGAACCAGUCAGCCCCCUGGCCAGACAUUAUUACCAGAUUAUCAAGAGGCCCAUGGACCUAUCGAUUAUCCGGAAGAAGUUGCAAAAGAAGGACCCAGCUCACUACACCACUCCAGAGGAAGUGGUGUCAGAUGUGCGCCUCAUGUUCUGGAACUGUGCUAAGUUCAAUUAUCCUGACUCGGAGGUUGCAGAGGCUGGUCGCUGUCUGGAAGUAUUCUUUGAGGGCUGGCUAAAGGAGAUCUACCCAGACAAAAGCUUUGCCCAGCCCCAGCAAGACGAUUCAGACUCCGAGGACUUAUCUGGAGAGAGUGGCUGUACCACCCCUCAGGGCUUCCCGUGGCCUCCCUACAUGCAGGAAGGCAUCCAGCCCAAGAGGCGGCGGCGACAUAUGGUAAAGAGCUGCUGCCAUCCAGUGGGCAGGGAGAAUGAAAAGACAAAGAGAAUGUCGUUUCGCCUGGCCAACAGCAUUUCGCAGGUGUGA